AUGCCUUCGGAUGAACCAUCAGCCAUCUUUGACCGCGUGUGCGAUCGUGUCCAAAUCCUAUGGCCUGGGACUGGUGCAAUUACCGAAAUCAGGCUGAAGAUAACCGACCGCCUCUUGGUGUCGUCACCUAUCCCGAUGCAUGCUGGUGAAGUGGACUUCAUUGCGGACGAACGCACUGUGGAGAGAAUGGGAAAAACAUGGCACCAGUAUCUCGUUCACUGGGCCCGACCUCAUCUAUUGGGGUGCACGCGAUCAUGGGUGAUAAGCCGCUCUAUGAAACAUUGUCCCGAAGCGUUGGGUGUGUACACGCGUUGGCGACAACAUCCUGGCAACUUUACGUAUUCCGAAUACCGAUUCCACCGCAACAAAGCAAACGGACCCUCGACGUAG